GGUAGUAGACCGGAAAACCUGCCUCUUGAAUUGAAGCCGUCUCUCACUUGCUGAAUGAAACGACGACAUCGUUACGCCUUAAACGGCGGUUCCGUAGCGCACAUUACGCAGGUGACGAGUUGGAUUUACGGUGUUUACGUCCCGGGAAAAGAAACACGUGAGACCGGUGAGGCUUUUUCUACCGACACUUUGCGACAGUUAUUACAUGUUUACGCACCAACUAGAAUGACCUGUUUCCUACCUGUGUUAUAAAGAGGAUGCAGGAUGUGGACCUGCAGUCCCUGGGCUCUUCUACCUCCCAUCUACUCUCUUCUCACUGCUGCUGGUCUGUGGGCCGUAUACUUUUUAGCUGUCGAUGAGGAGAAGAUUGUCCCGCUGGGCUCAAAAUACAGGGGCAAUGGAUCCUUUUACCCUCCGUACAUCAGCAUUGCAGGAAACUUUCCACCCGCCAGCUGCAUCUUCAGCGAGGUCAUGAACCUGGCGGCCUUUGUGGGUGAGAUUACAAUGCAGGUACCUGCAGCUGAGGCAGAAGAUGGACAAACAGUGGCUGAACGUCGGCAGCCUGGCGGCUUUCUCCGUCGGCUGCUUCGGGAUGACGCUCGUGGGAAACUUCCAGGUGACGUGAACACGCGCUACAUGCACGCGCGCACGCGGCUAUUUGACGGUUGGUUUUGGUUUCAGCUUUUCACCGAGGAGACGAUGCACAACUUCGGCACCUUCCUGACGUUCAUCCUGGGGACGCUGUUCUGCUGGGUCCAGUCCUACGUCACCCUGAGGGUCAACCUGAGGAACGAGGGGAGGAAGGCCGCCGCCCUCCGCUUCCUGUUGUCCGGCUCCAUCACGCUCUGCAUGAUCCUCUACUUCUCGCUGAUGGCUCAGGGGCUCCACGUGCACGCGGCGCAGUGCCAGUGGGCGCUGGUCAUGUUCUUCCUCGCCUUCCUCGCCACCUUCGCCAUCGAGUUCCGUCACAGCCACUUCCAGGUGGUGUGCACGGAGCGCUCGGCGUCCCGGCACCAACCGGACGGGCUGUAGGGACCACGGAGACGCAGUUAUUGCAUCCGAGGCCGUUUCACUGUCACCAUGGUUACCGCUUCAUGUCGCAUGUUUGACACUUUUUAUCUACAGGCAGAAAAUCAGCCGAGUUCAUGUUUUCUCCACACGCAGACGUUCUACAAAUCUAAAUGCAAAUACGAUCAGUAUGAAUGAAAAUUCAGCAAAAUGUUUUAUGGUGUUUCAAUCUUCCAGCUCUCGUAUCAACUGAUUUGUCAUUAAAGCAGGUUUUCUAAUGAAAA